CCUCUUCGUUCAUCGACUUCUUACAUCUUUGUCACUUAAGACUCAAUGAAUUCAAUAAAGAACGACGCCUUCCUGGCAGGUCCAGCAAAAAAGAGUAGAUUUCAUGGACAAAGGCCGUGUCAGGUAUUCUCAAAUCUUGCAAGAAAUCAUCCUGAUGCCAUCGCACUCAUCUGGCAAGAUGAAAGACUGUCGAAAAGGUGUGAGAUGACAAUGGACCAACUAGAGAAGAAAAGCAACAAAAUGGCCCGUGGAAUACUCCAACAUUGCGGUCAAUGGGUAGCACCAAACAAGGAUGGUGACCUUGUUAUUGUUGCAUGUGUUCCACCAUCCUGGAAGUUUGUCUGCACAAUCCUUGCCAUCUGGAAGGCUGGAGCCUGCUACCUUCCUGUAGAACCACCGGCACCCAAAGAGAGAGUGAGGCAUAUGCUGCAAGAAACCAAACCAUUUCUUGUCAUUGCUGACUGGGACGACGAAGACUUAUUUCCUGAUGUUAAUAAAAUAAGUUGGUGUUCUCUUGUGCAUAGCUCCAAAGAUCUGUCUGAUGGACCGUUGACCUAUGAAGAACCUUACACCACCAGGAGUGACCCUAUUGACAUCAUUCUUUAUACUUCAGGCAGUACUGGUCUCCCAAAAGGAGUAAGAAUCAAGAGUUGCUCAAUUUUGAAUAGAUUGGAGUGGCAGUGGAGAACGUUCCCUUAUAGCAAAGAAGAAAAAACUUGUUGCUUUAAGACUUCUACUACUUUCUUAGACUCGGUGACAGAGGUUUGGGCGCCAUUACUAAAUCCAGAUUUCCCACUGCCUGUGUUGAUUUUGCCAAGGAGUGCUCGUUCUAACCCCCAACUUCUGGUAUUUCUACUAAAUAAGUAUAAAGUUGAUAGAAUCAUGUUAGUCCCAACACUACUCAAGUUGAUUCUCACAUAUUUAAAAAUCACAAAUGACAACGCUAGCUUAAGACAGCUGAAGUUGUGGGUUUGCACUAGUGAAACUUUAUCGUGCUCUCUUGCUGAGGAGUUUUUUGACUGGUCAGAGAGAAAUGGCGGUUCACGAAUACUGUGCAACUUUUAUGGAAGCACUGAAACAAUGGGUGAUGUAACUUACUAUGUAAUGAAAAGUAAACAGGAUAUUAUGUUCAAAGGCAAAGUACCAAUCGGUAGACCUGUUGAUAAUACAACCGUGUAUCUGCUUGAUGCCCAGAUGAGGCUAGUAAACAGUGGAGAGAUUGGAGAAGUUUACAUAACAGGCAAACAAGUAGCGGCAGGUUAUGUCAAUGGUAGAGAUGCCUUCAGAUUUAUUGAGAAUACCUCCACAGCUGAUCCAGAAAACAAAAUCUUAUUCAAGACUGGUGAUUAUGCCACCGUCUACAAUGGGAUCCUGAUAUUCGAAGGAAGAAAUGAUUCACAGGUAAAAGUGAGAGGGAACCGAGUAGAUUUGUCCGAAAUUGAAACAGCUCUCAAUAAAUUACAAGAAGUUGAAAAAGGUGUUGUACUCUGCUAUAACCCUGGCCAGAUUGAUCAGGAACUGGUGGCAUUUGUACUGUUAAAUGAAGGAGUGCUUACUGAGCCAGCUGACAUUCAGAAAUUAUUAUCGAAAAGUCUUCCAUCAUAUGCCAUUCCACAGGUGACAAUGAUAGACCAGGUUCCAUUACUUGUCAGUGGUAAAAUUGAUAGGCAAUGUCUCCUUCAUCAUCACAAUCAAUUAGCAGGAUUUACCCAUGAGAUGAAAUUCGAUUUCAACGAUUUACCCGACGAAAAUAGGCCGGCAAUGAGAUGUCUGUGGUCAACAUUGGCUUCAGUGUUGCCCCACGCCAUCCGGAAACUCUCACCAGAGGCAAACUUCUUCAAUAUUGGAGGAAAUUCACUAAAUUCAGUCCUGACAAUCGCAAAGCUCAGCGAAGCAGGUUAUAACAUUAGUAUAUCAGACUUUAUCAGGUCUGGAACAAUACUGGAAAUAGUAAAUAAGAUGACACCGAAUACUAACGGGAAUAAACCUAAUAAUAAAAUAGAUUUAAAUAAGUAUAAAUUUGACCAAAUCUCAGAAAAAUAUAAAGCAGACAUUUAUAGAAUCAUUCCAGAUAGCUUCGUCAAUAAAUCUGUUAUUGAAACGAAUAUGGAGUCUAAAGUGGAAAAGCGUGAUUACAUUCAACUGCUUGAUAUUGUCUGGCCUACAUUUAUUAAUAAUCCACUCAGUUUUGUGGUAAAGGACAUCAAUACAGAUGAAGUAGUCAGCUGCAUGCUCUUAAUGGACAUCAUCGAUGAUACAACCUUCAGAUUACAAUCAAAUUUAGAUUAUGUUAUCGAGUUCUUUGAAUUCCUAGAAGAACCAAUAAAAAAGACAGUUCUUCCGAAAGGUAAAACACUGUACAGCGACAUGCUUGCUACAGACCAAAGACUGAGACCACAAGAGAACAUUGAAUUGACCUUGGCAAUGGAAUGGAAAACAGAAGAUAUAGCAAGGCAGAAUGACUUCAUCGGCAUCUUCACGACUAACACCAGUCCACUCACAAGGCAACUCUCAGAGAGGGUACUUGACUACAAGCAGUUAAAAAGUUUUCAAUUGAACCAAUUCGUUGCCUCUGAUGGGACAAGGCCAUUUAUGAAAGCUGAUGAUAGUAUUUUAAUAACAUGUGAAUUCAAACAACUUUAUUAAGUUGCCUAUACCAAAUAAUUAUUAUUGAAAUGAAAAAGAUUAAUAAUUAAGGCACGCGUAAGCCAUUUGUUUAUGGACUUUGAAAAUUAAAUACAUUCUUGUUUAUUACAUAUAUAUUAAAAAAUAAUUGUUAAUAGAAAGGUACGAAAGGUUUCAUGAGAUGAAGUAUGAACAAACUCAAGUUUGACAUACAGCCUUCUGAUUCUCGAAGUAUCACUCAUUGUUUAUUUUUAAUAUGUGAAUAUGAAAAAUGAAUAUGUAAUAAAGUUUUAUAUUAGUA